AAGAAAAAGAAAAGAAGAAGAGGAAGAAGAAGGCGAUCGGGCAUUUGCGGGGAAGGAAAAAAAUUUAGAGAAAGAUGGAAGCAGGUAAAGCAGCUGGUACCGAUUCCGGGGAAGAGAGUAGGAUGAUCAAAGUUAAUGUGAAGUUCGGUGGACGGUCUAUACCGGUGGAAAUUCCGUUGGACUCCACCGUCAGAGACCUCAAGUCUAUCCUUCAACCCCUCACUAAUGUCCUCCCUCGUGGCCAAAAGUUCAUCUUCAAAGGGAAAGUUUUGGUGGAUGAAAUGACAAUGAGGUCAUCGGAAAUUAUCAAUGGUUCUAAAAUCAUGCUCAUGGCUACUCAAGGUCUACACCAAGGGGAUGGCCCCAUUAAGCAGGAAGCUCCGGCUAUAGAGAAGAAUUUGAGGAGGAGAACAAGUGAACUGCUGAAGGCAAACAAAGAAGUUUCUGUUCCAAAAAGCCAGCUCGAAAGAUGGAAAGCUACUGGGGUUAUUGCACUGUCUGAGUGCAAUCUGAAGGCCAUACCUGAGGAAGUCUGGAUGUGUGGACCUUCCGCUAGACUCCUUGAUCUCAGCCACAACUCGCUACUACAACUUCCAGAUAAAAUUGCCUGUUUGAGCUCCAUGCAGAAACUGCUCCUUAAUGCCAAUGAUUUAUCAGAUAAAUUAAUUAGCUGGGAAGGGUUAACCUCACUGAAGUCUCUUACCAUUCUGUCGUUGAAUCAAAACUGUUUAGCAGUGCUGCCUUCUGCCAUCGGGGCUUUGACGUCUUUGAGGCAACUUCUUGUUGAAAAUAACAAGUUGACAUGUCUCCCAACUGAAAUAGGCCUUCUAACAAAUCUUCAAAUCCUGAAAGCAGCGAACAAUCGGAUAAACGAUAUUCCUGCAAGCAUAGGGGAAUGCAUUUCUCUUGUUGAGGUUGAUCUCUCAUCAAAUCUCCUGGUAGAAUUACCAGAGACAUUUGGGAAUUUAAAAGAUUUGAAGGCUUUGUAUACAAGUAAUAAUGGACUGAGAUCCCUCCCCAGUACCCUAUUUAAAAUGUGUAGCCAACUUUCGAUUCUGGAUCUGCAUGGGACAGAAGUAACAAUGGAUGUUCUUCGCCAGUUUGAAGGAUGGGAUGAUUUUGAUAAUCGCCGCCGCUUGAAACAUCAGAAGCAGCUGGAUUUCCGAGUUGCUGGGUCAGCUGAAUUUGAUGAAGGUGCUGACAAGCGCUACUGAGCUGCUAGUUGAGACACUUGCCGGUUGGAGACCUACACAACAGUAACGUAGGAAAGUCAUAGUCUGUCCAUUCAAAGUUCUCAGCUGCCAACGGAUUUUGUUGUCUGAUGGUUCCAAGGCUGAGAGUAUGCAUAUAUACAAUCACAAUUGAACGCAUGAUUAAUAUCUACAAAAUGGAACUACUAGUGAGUAAUAUCAACAACC